AUGGAGAACCUGAGCGAAGAAUUGCGCCAACGGAUCGAGUUCAACAAAGCGCAGGCUCUUGCGCGAAGAAAACAAAAGGAAGCUGAAAGAAUUGCUCAGUCAAGAGAGCCGCAGCUCAACCCCGUGCCAGCACCGGAUCCCUCAGCCGCUCCUAGAGGCGUCUCGACGCACCACGGAAAUGCGAGCAACUUUUUCGGCAAGAAAACUUUCGAGAACACGUCUCGAGCGGUCAGCACGUUCCAUAAGGCCCAGGUGGGGCCAACGAAGGAUACGAAGGCUCCGAAAAAAGAAGCGGCGAAAACAACGGGAAUGUGCUUCCUUCUUUCCGGAGAGGAAUUUCGCUUACAAUGUGGCUUCAAUCAAGCGCUCAUCGAUUUAUUCAAAUCUCACCCGAAAGGGCGGCUCGAUCCGACCACUCGGAAUUACGUAUUCAAGCUCGAGUGCCAUGAGAGUUUGCUCAACGCCGCCAAGAAAGUCGCACCAGAAGUUACAAUAACCGGUCUUCCACUGUUCAUAUCCAAAAUGCUGCGAUCCAACAUUAAACAACCCGACAGUCAGGUGGAUCUCCGUAGCAUCGAUCCCAAGCUACGCAAAGCUCUGAUGCCGUUCCAAACCGAGGGAGUUGUCAGAGGAAUCAGUCAAAACGGGAAAAUUCUAAUUGCCGACGACAUGGGUCUCGGUAAGACGGUCCAGAGUCUCGCUAUUGCAAGCUAUUAUCGGGAAGAGUGGCCUCUCUUGAUUGUCUGUCCCUCGUCGAUGCGCUUCAAUUGGAGACAAGCGAUCGUUCAGUGGCUACCUUCGUUGACCGAGGAUGACAUACAGGUUAUCGUCAAGACGAAUGAGCCUCUAGGCGCUAAUCAAGUUGUGAUCACCUCUUAUGAAAUGAUGGGUCGAAGAAGCGAGGAUUUGCUUGGCGGUAAUUUCAAGGUACUCAUAUUCGACGAGUCGCAUUUCCUCAAAAACUACAAGUCUCAGCGUACGAAAGUCGCGCAAGAAUUGAGCGCUGAAAGCCGUCGCAUUAUACUGCUGUCUGGGACUCCAGCUCUGUCGAGACCGGUCGAACUCUACCCUCAAAUUCGAUGUCUGGCUCUGAAACAUCUUCCUUCGAUAUACGAUUUCGCUGCCAGGUAUUGCAACGCACGCGAAACCCGAUUCGGACUCGAUAUGUCCGGGAGUUCGAAUUUGGAGGAAUUGCACAUUCUCUUGAAAGCGAUCAUCAUGAUCCGAAGACUGAAGAGCGAAGUCUUGGAUCAGCUGCCAGCCAAGCAGAGGAAUGUGCUCAUUCUAGAUCCCACACUCGUGGACGCCAAAGACGCGCAAGCCGACAACUACAGUUUGCUGCUUCAAAAAGAGAGCCUCACGGAUUCGGAGAAGCGCAGCGCUCUCAUGAGUUAUUUCCGUUUGACGAGCGAGAUGAAGAGGAAAGCCGUGUGCAAGUACAUCGAAGAACUCUUGGAGAGUGAUUGCAAAUUCCUCGUUUUCGCUCAUCACCAGUAUCUCCUCAACGCCUUGGCGGAAGUAUUGACGAAGAAGAAGGUGAAAUACAUUCGCAUCGACGGGAAGGUUUCAUCAGAAGCACGUCAGACUCUAUGCGAGGAAUUCCAGACGUCAGACGCUUGCCGUGUCGCACUGCUCAGCAUCACCGCGGCGAACGCCGGCAUAACCCUCCACGCGGCGAGUCUUGUUGUGUUCGCGGAAUUAUUCUGGAACCCUGGCAUUUUGACGCAGGCGGAAGAUCGAGUCCAUCGUAUUGGACAGACGCAAACAUGCUUGGUGACGUACCUGAUUGCGAGAGGUACGGCCGAUGAUUUCAUAUGGCCCAUCAUCGAAGGAAAACUGUCCGUGCUGAAUCGCGCGGGCUUGAGCAAGGAUAGCUUCACGGGAGCUAUGCACGAGAAAAAAGAGCAUAAGGCAAGAACCAGUGAUGACUCAGACGAUGGCAUGGACUACGAAUCUCGGCCAGCAACCACGAAACGUCAGAAAACCAUGCUCGAUUUUGUCUCGUUGUCGGAAGACUCCUUCUGGGCUGACCUUUCACAGGAUACGACGCUGCCUGACAUUUGA